UUGGCUCUAACCUUUCAUGGACGACUAUAGCUAUUCAGUUUGCACUGAUGUGUUAUAGAAAUAGACUACACUGCAGUUGAUAGUGGGUAUAAAUAAGGGCCCUUCCUGUGUUUCAUCAGCGCCUACGCCUUUGCCCUACUUUCGUUUUCAGAGUUCAACAGGAGCUAAGUGUGACAAUGGCACGUAGGCUCUCGCUCCCAGAGGCGGACCUCUCCUGUCCCAUAUGCUGCGACAUCUUCAGGGACCCAGUGGUUCUCAAAUGCAGCCACAGCUUCUGUGGACCCUGUCUGCAGCAAUACUGGACUCAGCAGAGACAAAGCCGUGACUGUCCUCUGUGCAGAAGCCAAAGUGCCGAUGAUCCCGUACCCAGUCUCUCCCUGAAGAACCUGUGUGAGGCUUACCUCCAGGACAGUGAGGACCCGGGGGAGACAGAGGAGAACCUCUACUGUGAACCAGAAGACAUGUGUCGCUAUCAUGGAGAGAAGCUUAAGCUCUUUUGCCUGUCGGACAAGGAGCCCAUCUGUGUUGUUUGCCACACCUCAAGGAAGCACAAACAGCAUGAGUGCUGCCCUGUCAGCGAGGCCAUUGUGGACGUGAAGGAGAAAAUGAAGUCAGCCCUCAGCUCACUGCAAAAAAAGAGGGACGCUUUUAACAAAGUGAAGACAAACUAUGAGAAAACUGUGGCACACAUUGAGGUCCAGGCUCGAUUUGUGGAAAGGCGGACCCAUGAGGAAUUUGAAAAGCUUCGCAGCUUCCUUCAGGCCGAAGAGGAAGCCAGGAUGGAGGCGCUGAGACAGGAGGAGGAGCAGAAGAGUCGAGAGAUGAGGCAGAAGAUUGAAGAAAUGGAAAGAAAAGUAACAUCUGUGUCUGCAUCCAUCAGUGUGUUGGAGGAGGAGAUGGCUUUAGAUACCAUCUCCAUCCUUCAUAAAUGCAAGAGGACACUGGCAAGAGCUAACUCUCCAGUUGAAGAUCCAGCUAUGCCUCCAGGAGCUCUUAUAGAUGUGGCCAAACAUCUGGGCUCCCUGACGUUCCAUGUGUGGGAGAAGAUGCAUAAAAUCAUCAAAUACACCCCAGUGACUCUGGACCCCAACACUGCUGCCCCGUGGCUCGUCCUGUCAGACGACCUCACCAGCGUCUGUGACAGCGAUGAGAAGCAGAGGCUGCCUGAUAACCCGGAAAGGUUCGACCCAGACACCAGUGUACUGGCCUGCGAGAGCUUCACCUCAGGCAAGCACACCUGGGAUGUCAGUGUGGGAGAUAAUACAGCAUGGGUCGUCGGGGUGGCCAAGGAAUCUGUCCAGAGGAAAGAGAAAGUGUCUUCAGUGCUGAUGAACGGCUACCUGUGUGUGUACUUCUACCACAAAAUGUACUUUGCAGGUACCUCUCCUUUAACUCGACUUAACUUGAAGAGGAACCCGCAAAGAAUCAGAGUGCAGCUGGACUGUGACAAGGGCAAGGUGUCUUUCUAUGACCCGUAUGACAACACGCACAUCUACACCUUCAAGCACACAAUUUCUGAGAAAGUCUUUCCAUACUUCUGGGUGGGAUGUCAGCAGUGUCCUUUGAUUGUUGAACCACUGGAUGUUUCUGUGAAGGCUGCUGGGUUUUGUUGAAAAAACAUUUCAACAUCGCAACAGUUUUUUUUAGCACAACAAGAUGUUGAGCUUUUUUUAAGAGUGCUCAGAAUAGAAAUCAUAUUGCUCUUUAUCUGUUUUCCUCUCCUGGUUCAGUGUAAUGUCCUCCAACUUUUUUCAAUUCAAAUUACAAUGUCUGUUCAUUUACAAUACAUGUGAUCUCUGCACUUUAAAUCACUAUAGAAUGUCUCACUAUUUCUCUUGCAAUUGUCUGAGUUGUUAAUGUAAAACAGAAUGUGGCAGCAUAAACUUUGCCUUGUAGCCUAAGCCUACUACAUAUUUUGUUGUACUGUAACCUGGAGAAAAAUGCAAAAGAAAUCUGGAAUAUUGUGGAUUCAAGUUUGAAAAAUGAUUGUGCCUUUGCAUGUCAACCUCUGAAUGCUGGUCUCUUUUAUAAAAUCAAGUUUAUAACUAAACCCUAAAUAUGCUUUAUGUGAAAAUACUAAUGUUACUGAAAUUUGAGGGUGGAAAUUUACAAAUAAACAAACUGCAAUUAUCACGACUUCUCUUGGUUUUCU